GGAGGAGGCUGAGAUGUGUGGGUGUGUUGGGAGGAGAGGUGGAGUCUUUAAGUCUCUCAGACAGGCGCACUAGGCCGAUUAGUCUGCAGCCGCUAACUGGACAGAAAAUCAGCUGUAAGAGCAAAGCCUCCUGAGAGCCGCACCUGGACAUUCUGGAAGGAGGACUGAAAGCUGAGUCGGAUGGAAGCAGCCGUGCUGGGCCGCGCUGUCAUGACGGAUGUGAACAGCAACAGCCUGGACGCCGAGCUGGAGGUGAAGAAGCUGCAGGAGCUGGUGCGGAAGCUGGAGCGUCAGAACGAGCAGCUUCGGUGCCGGGCUGGUGGGUACCACCACCUCCCCGGUGCGAUGCCCACCCUGCUCUGCCAGGCGUCUGUAGACACCUUAUGUCCUCCACAAGAACCCUUCGAGUAUUUCCACCCGCACGCGGGGGAGGAGGAGGAUGAUUAUGAUGAAGAGGCAUCGGAACCAUCGGUUCUGGAUGAGUUGGAUCUUCUGGAUCUGGAAUCUCUGAGCUGCUCAGAUGAAUCGGAUGAAACCUGGUUAUAUGCAGCUUCAAAAGCAGGAGACAGCUCAGCAGAGUCGCUCAGUCCACUGCAGUGGUGCCGACAGAAUCUGGAAAGCCCAAAGUCAGACGUGGAAGCCGCCAGGAGGUCAUUGUCCCUGCGACUAGAACAAGUCACCAGGUGGCGUAGCUCCCUGUCCCCCCCCACCACCACCUCCCCUGGGACCCCUCCAACCCGAGCGCCAGCGGUGUCUUCCCCCUUGGCCAACCUUUCUUCCACCCCGCCACUGAAGGAAAGAUAUGCAGCUCCUUUGCUCUCCUCCCCACUGCACCCUGUCCUCCCUCGCACCCUGAGCCCCAUAGGGAAGGAGCUGUCCCCUUUAGCCGAGAGGAGUCCCACAUUUCUCCCUCACCCCACCAGCCGAAGCUGCAGCCUCCGCCGCUCCACCCUCAGCCCACACUCAUCUGUGGACAGCGACCUGGGUACUUCAGAGGUAGAGGAGGACUCCAUCAGCCUCGGAUACAAGCUACAAGACCUCACAGACGUUCAGGUCAUGGCCCGGCUGCAGGAGGAAAGUCUAAGGCAGGACUACGCCAGCACAUCGUCUGUGCUAGCAAACCGCCGCAGCCAGAGCUUCACCUUCCAGCUCAGCCAGCUCAGCGCCGGCCCCGGCCUGGAGGAGGAAGACGAGGAGGACGACGAAGACUACGGCCUCCUGCCGCCGCCGCAGCCUCGCCUCACCCGCCUGCAGCACUCCCACACCUUCUCCAGCGUCCGCGACUGGCGAAGAAGCACCAGCUCCCUGUGCACCCCUCCUUCCACCCCCUCCACGCCGCCGUACCUUUCCGCUGGCUUCGCCUUCCAGGCUCAGCCGCCAACCCAUCUGCUGGGACUGGGCAGCCUGUGUGGAGGCGAGCCGCAGGGCUUCAACCCAGGAUCAGUUGAACAUGACAAUAAAUUGCGGAGGAGCAUGCCUAACCUUGUAAGAGCUCCCAGCAUGCCCAGUGUGCCCAUUCCAACCACUUCCAGUGCUUCUUCUGCUUCUUUGCUUCGUAACAGCCAGAGUUUUGAUUCUUCCAGCAGUUUGGCUCGCUUACAGACCUCCAUUCCCGCUCCAGGCCAGCUUCAGAACCGGGUCCAAAGCCUAGGGAGCUUCUCCUCAUUGUCACGCCAGCCACUGAAAGCCACUGCCUACGUCAGUCCCACCAUCAAGGGCUCUACCUCCACCAGCCUCACGUCUUUGAACAGCAGCGGGAACAACAGUGGGAUCCCCUUGCUUAGCAAGCCUGCAGGCGGAGGCUCCGCCCCCUCCGUCACCACAGCCCGCAGCAGCCUGCCACGCCCUGCCUCCUUCAUGGGCCCCACAAGUUCCAGCCCCCGUAGCAAGUUGGCUGUAUCAUCACGGAGUUUAUUGACGCCUCCAAAGAGCUUGUCCACCUUUAGCGCCCUCCGUGACGGCGCCUGGAGAGACGGCUGCUACUGAUGUCCAUUAAAAACCCAGCUGGCUGGGGGGGGGACGACGGACGCGUUGAACCUCAACAUCUGGUUCCGCCUCUUUUCUUUAUUUUCUAAAGUUCCGUUUGUUGAAACCAAAAAGGGGUCGUAUGGACAUCAAAUCUGAGAUCCUGCAUAGAAUAGUCGGAUGCUGUCUUCAUGUGAACGAUCUUCUAGCUUCUAUGCAGAAUUUCUUUCGGAGAAAGGCGGGUAAUUUUUUUGUGUUCGGUUGUGCCAAAAGUGAGCCGUUCCCUGUUGCUACUUGUGCAAUAAACUGCUGGCUGUGAGUUAAAUUUCAUACUAACCAGCAAAGAGGGCUGCCAGUGGUUAUUAAAUACACCUCUAAAACUGUUUUUAUUCAAGUAUUUAUUUUUAAUUUGACUAAUCUGGUGCGGUUGCCAUGGUAAUGGUUACCAGUAAUGCUGCUAAUGUGUUGGUUUGAACACAUUUGGUCAAACUUUUAGAUUUAUUAUUAUUAUGUAUUUGUGUCCACAUCUAACUAUCUGUGCUUAUAUCUCUUUGUUAACUGAUGCAAUAUUUAAACUGUAAUUUGACCAAAACUGAUUUAUCAGAAUGUGUUUGCGGAUGUGUUUUCACCAUGUCGUCACCAAACCUUGAUCAUAUUAACACUUCGAGAUCCUGAUCUUCUUGCACUUUGAGAAAAUCUCACAAAUGAUUUUGUUUACCGAUGUUUGCACUCUGAAACUCAAUCUGGUGGAUUUGGAAUAAAAAACACAGCGAUUGAGCUUUUUUUUUUUUUUUUUAUAUCUAAUAG